CGCUCUCGAACGACUCGAACUAUCUCGACGGCAGAGUCGCUACGCGACACACACGCGUACACAUAUAUUUAUACCGUUGUCUUUCUCCUCCGCCGUCGCGCCGUCGCGCGAUAUAUUGCAUCCGUACGCCAGUGCGUACACAAGCAGCGAAGAGAGAGAGAGAGAGAACGCGAGCGUAUUUUUGUCAUGCGUGCAGCCGCUCGGUGUGCUUUACGCCCACAAUAACCAGUGCCAGGCGGAAGGACUGAUCUGCUCGUUGCCGCUGAUAUACUCGGGGAGUCUAAUCCGAGGCUUCUUUGUGCGUCCGGUGCAGUUGCGGGGGUGUAGCUACAUCUACCUGCCUGUGUGUGUGUGUGUGCACUCGUACCCUGUGCCUCUCUCUCUCUCUCGGCGUUUGACAUGUGCAUGUGUCGUUGGGCGGAGCAGCCGAGCAGCUAGCAGCGGCUGAAAAAAAGUGUGGCAUGGAUAUUGAGAAAUAAUGCCAGCCGCCGCGGGCCCAUCAUCCUCUGUUGUUGCGAUACUUCCACGUCGCGAUCGCGCUGCCGCCGCCACCGCGAUAACGAUCAUCAGCCACUGCUCCACGAUCGCUAAUAGCAGGAGGAGGUAGUAGUAGUCUCGGAAUCAUGCUGCGGUUCUUGUCGAGGCGCCGGGCCCGCAGCGUCAGCGGCCAGCAGACCUCUUCGCAGAUCAAGAACCAGCGGCUGCUCAGCAAUAAGAACAUCGUUCAGUGUCGUGUAAUUCUCCUCGACGGCGCCGAUCUACCCAUUGACCUAUCGAAAAAGGCACUGGCCAGCGACUUGUACGAGCAGGUGUUCUACAGCUUGGAUCUGAUAGAGAAGGACUACUUUGGACUGCAGUACACGGACAGCAAUAAUGUACAGCACUGGCUUGAUCCGACCAAGCCGAUAAAAAAGCAAGUUAAAAUUGGGCCUCCGUACACACUGAGACUAAAAGUGAAAUUUUACUCAUCGGAGCCAAAUACGUUGAGAGAAGAAUUGACACGGUAUCAAUUCUUUCUGCAACUGAAGCAAGAUGUUCUGGAAGGAAAACUCCAUUGCCCUCAUCAAACCACAGUUCAGCUAGCUGCGCUAACUUUGCAAUCUGAACUCGGUGAUUAUGACCCAACGGUGCACACAGCAGCCUCGGUGUCAGAGUUCCGCUUUGUACCAGAGCAGACCGAGCAGCUGGAGCUGGAAAUCUUGGAAGAGUACAAAAAGUGUUCCGGCAUGAGCCCGGCUCAAGCCGAAUCAGCGUACCUGAGCAAAGCCAAAUGGCUGGAUAUGUAUGGCGUGGAUAUGCACACAGUUAUGGGCAAAGACGCGUGCGAGUACUCGCUCGGUCUUACGCCCACGGGCAUCCUCGUGUUCGAGGGCAACCAAAAGAUUGGCCUGUUCGUCUGGCCUAAGAUCGGCCGACUGGAUUUCAAGAAGAAGAAACUAACUCUAGUCGUGGUAGAGGAGGACGACGAGGGCAAGGGCGAGCAAGAGCAUACGUUCGUCUUUCGGCUGCUAAACGAGAAGGCCUGCAAGCAUCUGUGGAAGUGUGCCGUUGAGCACCACGCGUUCUUCCGACUGCGAGCGCCAGUGAAGGGUGCAAAUGGUCGACAAAAUCUUUUCCGCAUGGGCUCCCGCUUCCGGUACAGCGGCAAAACUGAGUUCCAGACUACUCAGCUGAACCGUGCACGGCGCACGGUUCAGUUCGAGCGACGACCCAGUCAGCGCUAUGCCCGCAGACAGAGCCACGUUCUCAGAGAUAGACAGCGCCAAGUGCAGGAUCAGUCGACGCCGCAGCCGUCGUCUGCCGAAGAGGAACCCGAAAGGCUCGAGAGACAGCCGAGCAGAUGCAGCAGUACAAAGUCUUCUUCGGAUGCCAGCAGCAUUCAAGGAACGUCCUCGCCUCUGGUAGAUUCGCUUCUCAGGUCUCUUGCUAAGGAGCAACAGCCUCUGGAGGCGAGAAACCAAACCGACGUAGCCAGCAGUCAGAAAGAGACGGAGCCGAUGAAGACCAGUCUGACUAUUGAGAGCGUUACCUGCACACCGUCCACGCCAGUUCCAAAUAAUCAGGUGGUAGGUGCUACAGCGCUGCCACCGCGCACGCCGAUACCACCCGAGUCUUUGAAGUGCAAUAUUUUAAAAGCGAAAGCUCUCGAGCAAGGCAAGAAUUCAAAUUUGGUUUCUAUCUCGACUGCCGAGACGCCGACGCCUAUUGUUGCCGCCUCCGCCGCCACCGCUGCCGCUGCUGUUAAUGAUAAAACGCAACAUUCUGCCGAUGCCGCGACCAUUGUCUCUGUGGGUGGCGACAAGCUGACCUUGUCAGUAAGCGGCACUUCGACGAGUCCCUCGCCAGUCGACGACGCGGUUACGGUCACUCACUUCUCGCUGGACAGCUGGGGCAAGAUCCAGCAGAAGACUACUCCUUUCAGUCCAAAGGUGGCCAACCGAUCUCAGAACCCCUUCAACCCGUUUACGAACAACGUCGUCUCGGACGAACCAAUCGUCAACAGCAGCAUCUUAGAGGAGAACCAUGUCACUGGAGGAGAGGAACCGACCAAAUCAGCAUCUCCGACGCCGGUACCUGUUGCACCUCUCAUCUCAAUACUGACGACACCGACGGAGGAGAAGAAGAUCAAUACGAAUCCAUUUAUCGAUUCGAAUCCAUUCCUGGUCCUAGGGCUCAAUCCCUUCGCGAACGAUUUGAGCCCGACUCCGACCCCGAUUCCUGUGACACCCACUCCGAAGACGUCAGUUGUCGAGGAAGCACCUGCGAUUGUUGUCACCGAGGACAAACCCGACAGUGCAGCACCACCUACUGCCACAGCCAAUGGUACGAGAGUUGUCAAGACCGAGGAGAUUCAGACGACCACCACUACUCUCACGCAUAAAGAUGAUGGACCAGCAGCAUCAGACAUUAGUCCCUGGUUGGUUGCGGAUCCAGCUCAAGCGCCAGCGACGACCCAGAGUCCCGCGAAGCACACUGUUAUAACUCGCAAGACAGUCAUCACGACCCAAUUGUAGGCCCGUCUCUUUCCGACAGGGACCCCGUCGCAACAAUACGUUUACCUGCUAGACUAACGUAAAAUAACCCGAGACAUAGUAUUACUAUUUAUAACAGAUUUGCUGAAUCUAUUGUGAAGUUUUUGAGCUUUGCAUCCAACGAAGGCGUGUGCAUCGUGCUCUAGGCACCGCCGCCGGAACAGAAAGCAGCAUAACUCUACAUAUCUCUGCCGUGCAAGGCAAGCAUUUUUCUUUAUUGGUGCUACCACUGCUUUUUCCCCAAAAUAUUAAUUUACUCGCGUUAUAACUUUGUAGAUAGAGAGACGCUGCUAUGUGUAAUCUUCAAAGUCUGAAGAGUUUUAUACGGCGAGAUUUUUGAGGAAAUUUUCAGGCUCUGGUAGAUCGUGUGCCAUGUUUCUUGAAAGGCAGCUUUUUUUCAUACGAUACCGACGACAAAUAACCUGAUUCUUUUGUAUAUCUUUUGAACACUUGUGUGAUGCCAUCACUGCUAAGACUUGAGAUCGGCAUUUGAUUUCGUAUGUUCGUACGAAUUUACUUCCUGUCUGACGAUUUUUUACCUUUUGAAACUUUGAAAGACUGGAUCUAUAAGUUUUUAGAAAAAUUUACUACACGAGAAAACGUGGCCUGAUUGACGAGUAAUAACGUUUUUACAUUCCAUUUGCCACAAGAAAAGUCGGAUGUGCCUUAAAAUAUAUAAACUUGUACUUACGUUGGUGCAGCAAAGACUGUUUUCCAUUUUUUACCAAGUAAAAAAUCAUCAUUCUUAAAUAAGGUAGUGAGAUUAGUUAAAGUAUAAGACGAGUCGAAAUGUACUUAAGAAAAUUUGUAUUUGUUUACAAAAGAAAAAAGAGAGAAAACUUCCAUUCCUCAACGAUGAAAUCGGCUUUUAGAAAAUUUAUCUUUUAACUAUAAUGUAAAUAAAGAGUUUGACCACUACUUGGCGUGCAAAAAAAUUCCCUUAACUUUUGUGGCAGUAUUAAAAAAGAAGAGAAUAUUUUACAAAUAUUUACUUAUUGUUGUACUUAUAAAAGUAGAUUAUAUUUAAAAUAAUUGCUUUCUGACCAACGCAUUCCCCGUUUGAUCUCUAUAGUCAAGUUCACGCAGCUACUAUAAACUAUACAAACACGACUCGUUCAUAGUCAUGCAUUUAUCGAUCGUACGUACGAAAGGAAUACGUCCAAUUUAAUUUUUAUCACUGAAUUGUGUGAUUAGCACUGAUCACAAUGAAUGGCAAUUGAGAAGCAACCGCAAUAUUUGAAAUUUGUAUGUGCAUUGUUAUAAAGUUUUAUUAUAUUAUGUAUAAAUUGCGGCCUUAUAGGAUAUAUAUAUGUAUAUCAUAAAUUUGUGUAAACACAAGUUGCCUUAUACCUACAUAAACAUAAGUAUAUAAGGAUAAAAUCACGACUAUGCUUUUUUUGUUUCACCGCUUUAAGAAUGUUUAUAUCCAUCGGACCUAUAGCUAUGCUUCGUCGUUAUCUUAAUUGCAAGAUGAAACACGAUCGCGCAUUAUGUAUAUAGAAA